AAUGAUGUAUUAUAGCUACUUAAAGAGUUAACAAUCAAGCAUUAAGAUCGUAUAUCGCGUAGAUAACAAAUUCUGGUCCAAAUUAUUCAUGAAAUAGUUUCAUGUUGUUUGCCAAUUACGAUUAUUGCCACAUUGGACGUUCGUGGACAUGGCGGCUGCGCUUCGUGUCUUCUCGGCUUUGGCUAUUAUAGCUGUUUCUACAGCUUUGCCAGCUGACCAUGAGCUACUGAAGGUAGACCCUGGCCCUCGCUACCAGUACAUGUCCAGCCCUGAAGGAGUUGAGCUGGUAGACUUGGCAUGGAAACCGAGCGAUCUGCUAGAAACUGCCCGGUUCGACGCUGAAACCCAGGUCUUCUUCCAUCUUUUCACCAGAGCUAAUCCUACAGUCAGUCAGCCGUUGUUACUAGGAGUACAAGAUAUCCUGGAUGCUUCAAACUUCGACGCGUCAAAGAAGACAGUAGUCAUCGUCCACGGCUGGAGAAACACCCCUCUGCAUGACUUUAAUGUUUAUUUAGUGCAUGCGUACCUGCAAGCUGAAGAUGUGAACAUGAUCAUGGUGGACUGGAGUAUAGGAGCUGGUGCCUUGUACGUCGUGGCUAUGGCCAACAACAUCCGGACAGGGGAGCAGGUGGCCAAAUUCGUUACCUGGUUAAACUCCGCCACUGGAGCAUCGCUGGACAACUACCAUAUGAUCGGACACAGUCUCGGUGGGCAUCAAGUUGGAAUCAUUGGACGGAACCUGGGUGGAGAGGUCGCUUAUAUUACUGCCCUGGACCCAGCGAUGCCAGGCUGGAUAGUCAACCCAUCAGGCUUCAAGCCUACAGAUGGUAAAUACACGGAGGCAAUACACACAGAUCUUGGGUUUGCUGGUCGGGUCCGACCUGUAGCUGAUGUAGACUUCUACCCAAACCAGGGAUUCAACAUGCCUGGGUGUGAAACCAAGCACUGCAGUCAUCAUAAGUGUAUCUUCUACAUGGCUGAAUCUCUAAUGAAUGGUGGUUUCACCGGACAGCGCUGUGACUCCUUGUGGCAAGCCCUCACUAGAAACUGUGCAUCAUCAGACACCCUCCCCAUGGGAGGUACCACGGCUAAACCUGGAGCUACCGGCAUCUACUAUUUGACAACGAAUCCUCUACCACCGUACUCGCAAGGCUAAAUUAUAUAUAUUUAUU